AUCGUGUUUUAAAGUCUGAGUCAGUGUUCGUACAACUGCAAGAACGAGUUGGAACUUGUACGUUCAUGGUGUAUGUUCGUUUAUCAACAAGGAGAGUUUGUUGUUUUUACCAUGAAAAUAAGGAGUUGCGAUUUAUUCAAAACUAAGUGCAUGCCAUUUGAUAAGAUGCUUUAACCGAAACGAGUUGUCCUAGUCGGAAACAAACACCCAGUCCGGGUAUAACUGGCAAAUACCUGCUUGGACUCGGUACAGGACAUAUUUACGAAUUAUGCUGCGGUUGUACGAUGUCGUUUUAUGUUUUUUCCUAUUCGUUGUUGCGCCGUCGUUUCAGAACGAGAACCACGAAUUGGAAAAGCUUCCAAUAUGCUCUAACCAGUUGUCCAAGGAGUUGAAAAAGCUGGUCUUCGUGAGCACCCUCGAUGGAAGGGUCUCAGCGCUCAACCUCGAAGACGGUGGAUCAAAGGAGUGGAGCGUACCAACUGGGCCAGGCCCUAUGUUAUCCUCCAGCAUACACAGGCUUGAGUUAACAAAUAAUGGCCAGUGGGUGAGGAUGAUUCCAUCAUUAAGCGGAGGACUUUACAAAAUGGAUGGCAAGAGUAUUGAAGCCGUGCCAAUAACAGCUGACAAUCUUCUCAAAUCUUCUUUCCGAUACUCUGAUGAUUUAAUCAUAUCAGGUGGCAUUGAAAGUAGAACUUAUGGUAUAGAUGCCAAAACGGGUAAUGUCAUGUAUGAAUGUUCGAUGGCAAAAUGUGAUCAUCCAAACGGCACCAACAAGCCUGCUGAUGUGGUACUCGUCCAGAGGCAGACUCAGACUGUGAGAGCAAUCGAACCAAAAUCAGGUGUCGAAAGGUGGAACUUUAGCGUAGGUCAGCACGAGCUCAAGCUGUCGUCUUCGUCUAAUUGCCACAACAGUGACAAAUCCGAAUCGAAGACGGACGACUUUUUCUUUAAGGUCAUCGUCCCUGAAGGGCUGAUUUGUGCUAUGAGCAAAUCCAAGCCUGGCAUUGUCAUGUGGAAGCACAAAUUUGAGUUUCCAGUUGUAAAUGCUUGGCAUAUAAGUAAAGGGCUUGUACAAAAAGUCGAUUUGUUUGGGGGAACUCAAAAGCCUGAGAGCAAGUUCUACAUUCCAGAAUCACCUGUCCUUUAUGUCGGAAUGCACAACAAGCAGCUGUACAUCCAAGAAAGUGUUCUUCUGCAGAAUAAAAUACUUGAAAAUAUCAACAAACUAAACCAACUCAUGAUUGGGGAUGAAAAUCUUCCUAGCAUACCUUGGAAACCGAUUUAUGCUGGUGUACUUGGAAUAGAAGGCUCGACAGAUCCAAUUUUACAAAUAACAGAUGAAACUAGCCAUGCAUCAACCACAGGUCUGUCAGUGCUUUACGCUUCUGAAUAUGUAAACGGUCAUGGUUUUUUCCUUUAUGGGCCGGCAUACAAAAAAGAAGAUGCAAACAAUAUGUUGUGCAAUUCAGAAGAAAAAGUAAAUAUUACACUGGAGCUGGACAAGAAUCCAGAUGCAGAAGAUGCUGAAACGUUCAUCGAGGAAGAUGUUUAUAAAGAAACAGAGACCGAGACCCCUGUACAAGUCAUUAUAGUAUCAUUUUGGUACUGGUGGAAAGAAGUCAUGCUGACAAGUGUUUUAACAGCAAUAUUAGUUAACAUUAUCAUACAGAGGAGGUUCAUCAGUUUCUUAUUCCACGUCAGGCAGAAUGUUAUAAGACAAGAGAGCUCAGGAGAGACGCAAAACACGGAUGUGCAGAGUAUUGGGACUACUGUAGUGCCGAACCAAAUUCAUGAAUAUGUUUCAAGAUAUUUGACAGAUUUUGAACCUGUCCACUGCCUUGGGAAAGGUGGUUUUGGCAUAGUUUUCGAGGCCAAGAACAAGAUUGACGAUUGCCAUUAUGCCAUUAAACGAAUUCCUCUUUCUAACAAAGAGGAGUCGCAUGACAGAAUGAAAAGAGAAGUGAAAGCACUGGCCAAACUUGACCACCAGAACAUCGUACGAUACUUUAACUCGUGGGUCGAGGACCCGCCGCCCAACUGGCAGGAAACACAGGACAGGGAAUGGGCUCAUAAGUACAACAAUAGCAUGAAUGAAAUCGCUGUUGAUCUGAGUAGCCAGCUGACGCCAACGAGUGAGCAUGGCCCCUCACUCCGUAAGAGAAACAUAAUAAAGUCUCUCUGGGAAAAAGCAUCCAGCUUUUACACUAGCAAUGUGAAAAUAGAAAAUUCUUUUAUUAAAGUGAACAAACAAAGAAAGGUGGAAUAUACAACCUCUGGAUCUUCCAUUGUGUUUGAAAGAUCAAAAAAGGAUCAGAGUGAGUCUGUGAUAUUUGAAGAAGAGGAGGUAAAGGACAGCAAUAACGACUGUAGCGAAGAUGUGAGCAACAGCCGAUUUAAUGAUGAAAGUCGUUAUGACAACAGUUACCACAAACCAAAUCUGAAGAGGCCUAAAACAUUAGAUCUCCACAUCUCCGGUUCGACCAACUCCCCAAUGCAGAGCAAGGGGAAGAAGUACCUUUACAUACAGAUGCAGCUUUGCCGUAGGGACUCGCUGAAGGACUGGCUCAGUGCGAACCAACAGCGGGACACAAAUGAAGUGCUGAGGAUAUUCAAUCAAAUUGUCCAAGCUGUAGAGUACGUCCAUUUUCAAGGGCUAAUCCACCGAGACCUAAAGCCUUCAAACAUUUUCUUUUCCCUGGAUGGCCAAAUUAAAGUCGGGGAUUUCGGCCUGGUCACAGCGAUGGCAGACGAAGGAGAGGAAUUUUUGAGCCCUGUCUUGGGUAGGAAAGUGUCAAAUGAGAAACAUACUGCACGAGUAGGCACACAACUCUACAUGUCACCAGAACAAGUAUCUGGACAGCAGUACGAUUACAAAGUUGACAUCUACUCUCUCGGGGUAAUUUUGUUUGAGCUAUUGACAAAUUUCACAACCGAAAUGGAAAGAUGGAAGACGUUGGAACAGGUGCGAAAGCUCCAAUUCCCAUCAAAAUUCAAUGAUAAAUUUCCUCACGAGUAUGAACUCCUCUGUUUGAUGCUGUCCGAGAAUCCGAAAAAAAGGCCGACGACCAUUGGAGUGCGGGCGAGAGAACCGCUCAAGUCGCUGCAAUCCGAAAGCUCCAUAUCUGACGACUGGCACUUUCAGCUGCCGCAGAGGCAUCGCGACACUUCAUUCAGUCGAUCUUGCUCCGGUCAGGAAUAGUCAACUCUUUUUGUGUAAUUAUUUUAGUUAAGUUUAUUUAUAAGUUUAUAAAUGUAUUAGUAUCAUUACAUACAUUUUACCCCG